GAAAUAUAGGCAGCAUCCAUCCUGUCUCCACAGUCACACUCACCCGUAUCGUGAGCGGCGAUUGCAACAGAUCUAGCAGGCAGAACUGGGAGAUAACCUCCUCUUACCGCAGAAAGCAAUUCACUUACUUGUUCGUUGAAGUUACAGAGCAUAUAUAUAUAUAUAUAUAUUUAACCAGAUAUGAUGGUGAAAUUUGCAAUAGCGCUCUUGGUCUUUUCAACCAUCGAGAAAGUAGUGGGGACGGAUAUGAUCGAUGUUCACGAAAACCCACAAGAAAAACCGGCAAACCAAAAAGGACGUCUUUCUCUGCAGAACACAGCCGAUAUCCAGCACUGCUUGGUGAACGCGGGUGACGUUGGCUGUGGGGUCUUCGAGUGCUUCGAGAACAACUCCUGUGAGAUCCGCGGCCUGCAGGAGAUCUGCAUGACAUUCCUGCACAAUGCCGGCAAGUUCGACUCCCAGGGAAAGUCAUUCAUCAAGGAUGCCCUGAAGUGCAUGGCGCACGGCCUGCGACACAAGUUCAGCUGCAUCAGCCGCAAGUGCCUGGCAGUGAAGGACAUGGUCUUACAGCUGCAGCGCGAGUGUUACGUCAAGCACAACCUCUGCUCCGCCGCCAAGGAGAACGUCAACGUCAUGGUGGAGAUGAUUCACUUCCAGGACCUCUUUCCUAAGGGGCCAUAUGUGGAGCUGGUGAACAUCCUCCUGGCCUGUGGGGAGGAGGUGAAGGAGGCAAUCACCCGGAGCGUGCGGCUCCAGUGUGAGCAGAACUGGGGCGCCCUGUGUGACAGCCUCAGCUUCUGCUCCACGCUGCCCCCUGCUGCCGAGCGCCGUCAUGGCAACCCACUGCACAUAGAGGCCGAGCACCCCGUCAGCCCCAAGGGCUCCCGGCAGGGGGAGAAGGACAAAGCAGGCAAGGGGGGGUUUAACCCACACGCCCGGGGCCGCAGCCAGGGACCCCGGCGCCUCAGUGCAGACACCGCUGUGGCUGAGCAGGAAGACCCCGAGACCACUGACAUCAGGAGGUGAAAAAGCAGCUGCAGUCACCCCCAGCCCUGGUACACACCCCCACCCCCACCACAGACUGCCGCUCCGCCCAACGGACGGAGGGACGGACGACGCGGAUGGACAGACGACAGGAAGGCACCUCCUGGUUCCAGUUCCUCACCAGUCAUUCCAGCCCCCAAACGUUAACUUUGCAGGGUAUGUGUGGUCUAGCGCAUUUUGUUACCCAGUUUUGUUAUUACUAUUAUAAUUAUUAUUACGACUACAAUUCAGCUGUUAGAUUUUUACUCUAAUGUAGCAUUUUUCUGAGUAUCCCUAUGAUUUGAUCGUUUUAUUUAUUUCUUCUGUAUGCAAUGUUUUAAUAUGUGUACAUAUACAUCUCCUUACCUAUAUUUAUAUACAUACUAUAUAAAUAUAGCCAACAUAUGCAAUACUAUUAUAUAUAAAGUACAUAAUAAAGUCUUCUGUUAUUUUUCCACAAAAUAGUAUACGUUGGACUGUAGAUAUGUAACAUACAUUGAUUUGUUUUGUUUAAAAGUCGGAAAUUUGUUUGUAUUAUAAUUCUGUAUACUUGAUGAUUAAAUACAAACUGUACAGGAUUAAUGUCCACUUCUGGCACAUAUGAAACAUGCUUACGCCAUAUAUCUGGGAUCCAGCCCCCCCCCCCCCCCCC